ACCUGUCGGAAGGGAACGGAUCUCUCCAGCCCCCUUCCUGUAUCCUCCGUCCAACUUCUCUCACAUUUUUCCCUUUUGAUUAAAAACCCUAGAAGUCAAAGCCGAGUAGAGGGAAAGGAAGGGCUUUUCUUUGGUUUCCUCCGCAUCAUAGUCUUGAUUUUGUUCUAAGAAUGAACACGCAUACAUCAACUAGGCGGGCUAUGAAGAGGUAUGCUAGGGAUGCAGGUCAAAGGAAGAAUGUGGACCUUAGUGCACCUUUUAUGGAGACUCAGAUGCACGAGGGAACUUCUAAUCCCACAAGCUCACAAGCAUCUCAGGGUGCCUCUGCUCCUGUAAGCUCUCAACGAGGAUCCCAGCUGCCUGCUAAUGAUGGUUCACACAGUUUGCCUAUUGAUGUUGAGGCAAUUGAUGAUGAUGUCCUGAUCAUUUCCUCUUCAAGCAGGUUUCCUCAGACAACGCGAUCUAGGAGGAGUCAUCCUGUGACUGUAGUACUUGAUGAAGACCUUGAGGUUCAUCCAACACAAGCAGGUGUCACUAUAGAUGAUUCUGUUACGACCCUCUCUCUCAAUAGCCACAACAAGCGGGUAAGGAUUCCACCAAACGACAUGGUUAUCAAUUGCAAUGUUUAUUCAGCAGUCAAAGACAAUCAUAAUGCUAAGAGAAAGAGAGUGGCGAAUCCUCAUGUAGAGCCCGAAAAGGUGAUACCAAAAGAACCGUCCUUCACUUGUCCUAUUUGCUUGAGCACAUUGACUGAGGCGUGCUCAACAAUUUGUGGCCAUGUUUUCUGUCAAAGAUGCAUUAAAGCUUCUGUUCAAGCGCAAAAAAAAUGCCCGACAUGUAGGAGGAAACUUACCAUCAACAAUUUCCAUAGGGUGUACCUUCCAACUGCAAACUAGAUUUACUGCAUGUCAGAUUUGAUGAUUUUCUCCUUCAAAUUUUUAUGUUGGAGUUCCAAAGUCACCAUUUUUUAUUUAACAUUUUGUAUAUUUCUCUAAAUAUCUGUGCCAAUUAGUUUUUCUAUUUAGUCUGGCUUGGACUGCUGCAAGUGCAAAAUGGUACAUUUAACUAGCUUUGGGCAUCUGUGAUGCAUAUAGAGUUCUGUGGUGCAUGUGGAAUUCUAUCAUCAAAUUACUCAAUCUUAGAAAUCUGUGAUGUACGUGUGUGGAUGUAUGUAUGUAUGUAUACGAGUGUGUAGUCAUAAUUAUGGAUGUGUA